AUGGCAAAGCAGCGAGGGGCCAGCAAGCCUGUGCCGGCCGCAGGUCAUGACGGUUCGGACGACGACGCGUACCCAUCCCCUCCCAAGAGGCUCGGCCGAGGCAGCAGCGUCCGAGGCUCCAACCUCUCCACAACAGCCGCCGCAGCUGCGGCCGCAUCGGUAGCGGCGGCGGCGGCGGGCGCGGGCGCGGGGAUGGUGGGGGGCGGCGGAGGGGGCCCCGCGGGGAUGGAGGGCGUGGAAGAGGGGGGCGCGGGGGGCGGCGGGUGGGAGGCCAUGCUGCAGCAGCUGGAGCGCGACUCGUAUCUCGCCGUGCUCCGCGCGUUCGGCGCGCAGUCCGAAGCGAUCACCUGGGUAGGGCUACCACGUGGGUAG